AUGCUUUUCGGCUGUUCAAUUACCUUCUGGGUGGCCUUGGUGUUGAAUGAAUUGGCCUUGCCGGUUGUGGGCCAAGAUGGCUUCGGCAUAAAUCUUAUGAUUGCGCCCAGUGAUGAUGAUGCCCAGGCGAUUUGUAUUUUGGCCCUAUUACGCAAAUACUUUCAGUCAGGUGAGACACUAUCCGGAUCAGUGCUCUGCAUAAAUAUCAACGAGCAAUUGAAGAAUGUACAAGAGCAACUGCUACGCGGCAUGAUUCUCGAUGAAGAUUAUCCUUGGACAGCAUUGAUCACAAAUCCUAGAACUGACGAUGGCCUUGAAAGUGAGUGGGUGAUGCAUGAGAAACCCCAAUGCUAUUUCGUGUUGGUGGAGAACUUGGAGGAUGAGGAUUUCGAUGAAAUAUUUGACCAUUGGAAGGGCAUGAUGAAUUGGAACCCAUUGGCGCAAUUUGUGGUAUUUUUGGUCUCAGUGGAGGAAACCGAUGAGGAGAUGACAGAUCUAAUGGUGGAGCUGCUUCUAAUAUUUAUGAAUCGUAAAAUUUUUAACGUAAAUGUAAUUGGUCAGAGUGAGGAGAAUAGUUUCUAUUAUGGCAAGACAGCAUUUCCCUAUCACCCGGACAAUAAUUGUGGAAAUCGAGUAAUAGCAGUAGAACUAUUGGAUGCCUGCGAGUAUCAAGAUGGGGAAAGUGAAGAUUAUGAUGACGAACAAGAGGAUCAAUUGAAUACCGAGAGUGAAGACGAAUUCGAGGAUUUUGAAGGGGAAGAAAGAAGUCUCGCCAUGACAAUGUAUGAUAAUAAUGAUGAGAAUUUGAAUGAAACGAAUUCUACAAGUCAACCAACAGCCACAAUUGAGGAGUUUUUUCGAGCCAAGUUUGAGGAUAAGUUUCCAAAAGAUCUAAGUGGAUGCCCACUGACUGCCGCCUUUCGUCCCUGGGAGCCUUAUAUAUUUCGAAGCGACGAUUCGGCCUCACAAGAUUACUACUAUGGAGUAGAUGAACAAGACGCAGGCGGUAAUGAGAGCUACAGCUAUGAUGAUGAUGGCUAUGAUGAUAGAGAUGAUGGCAAGUCUCAUCUCCUGGAUGAAGAACUUGAAUCCAAUGGCAAAGCGCAGCUGGGUGGAAUUGAAUAUCAAAUGGUACGGACUAUAGCAGAGCGUUUGCAUGUCAAUAUCGAUCUGCAGGUGGAAAAUACCAAUGUGUAUCAUCUCUUUCAGCAGCUAAUCGAUGGCGAAAUUGAAAUGAUUGUGGGCGGCAUUGAUGAGGAUCCAAGUAUAAGCCAAUUUGUCUCCAGUUCCAUACCCUAUCAUCAGGACGAUCUUACCUGGUGUGUUUCCAAAGCAAAGCGCAAUCACGGCUUCUUCAAUUUCUUGGCCAGCUUUCAGGCCGAUUCCUGGUUCUUAUUUCUGCUCUAUAUAGUAACCAGUUCAUUUGCCAUCCUAAUGGCACAGCGGGUCUCUGGCCUUCGUCUGCAAAAUCUGAACAACUAUCCAGCUAUUUUCAUUCGCAUGGUGGGAAUUCUUGUUACCCAGGCCAUGCCGAAUCAGAAACUGACAGUGGUGAUGCGAUUACUCUUUGCCGGCUCCUUUCUGACCGGUUUCUUCUUCAGCAAUACCUAUCAGAGUUUCCUCAUCAGCACACUGACCACUCCCCGGAGUUCACAUCAGAUUCAAACGCUGAGCGAGAUCUAUAGCAAUCGUAUGAUAAUUAUGGGCAGUUCGGAGAAUGUUCGUCAUCUGAACAAGGAUGGUGAGAUCUUUAAGUAUAUACGUGAGAAAUUCCAGAUGUGUUACAACAUUGUGGAUUGCCUUAAUGAUGCUGCCGAAAAUGAUCACAUUGCCGUGGCCGUAUCCCGUCAGCACUCGUUCUACAAUCCGCGAAUUCAUCGUGAUCAUCUCUUUUGCUUCGAUCGGCGAGAGUCCUUGUAUGUGUAUUUGGUGACAAUGUUGUUGCCCAAAAAGUAUCAUCUACUGCAUCAAAUCAAUCCAAUUAUUCAGCAUAUUAUCGAAUCGGGACAUAUGCAGAAAUGGGCCCGUGAUUUGGAUAUGGUUCGUGUAAUACACGAGGAGAUUGGCCGAGUGCAUGAGGAUCCGUUUAAGGCACUCAAAUGGGCACAGUUUCAGGGAGCUUUCGCCUUUGCCAGUGUCCUGCUGGUCAUAGCUAGUGGCGUGUUAAUACUGGAAUAUGUGGCAGCAAAGUAUUUUGCAUUAAAGGAACAUAAAUAA